CAGGGCUCCUGUAUCUAUCUCUACAGCCUUCAUCUAACUGCAGUAUUGCUCUCGGCUUACAUUUACCACCCCACACAGUUUUACUUUCCCUGACUCUCAAAAACUGCUUUAAAAUGGGAUCUCCUGGCAUCGACCUCGAUGUCGCCCCAAAUCCUCGCACGAAAGAGGAGAAUCAGGAACGAGCGUUCAUUGCAGCUUCGAGACGGAAAGAUAGAAGCCUCGAUGCCCGCGUGGAGUCGGCCAACCGGGCCUCCAGCCUGCACAAGCAACGCACUGGCAAGGCUCUUCUCAUCAGCAGAGACAUUGUGGAGCGAGAGGCAAUGUACGAAGAGGUGGAUGACCGCUACCAAGAGAAGAUCAACCGGAUGCUGCAUGCUCAGUCCAUGCAGCUACAUGCCGAAUUUAACCGGAACCUAAUGGCCGCCUGGCAUGGUGCGCGUCCCGGCGGUGGUCUGCAUCAGCGGCGAGCUGCAAGUGCACAUAUGAACCCGCGCGCUUCGAUCAACGGCAUACGCAAAAUGAGCCUUGAUCUGUCCGGGCUGCGAUCUUCCAUCGCAGAGGACUGCAGGGUGCAACCCGGACCAAUGACUAGUCCGCUGUCGGCAAACCCUAGCAGCUACGUGCUCUCCCCUAAUUUGGACGGGACUGCGCAGUCGCCGUCGUAUCCCAACGUUGUUCCUGCUUCGGCGGGCCAAGUGCCAUCCUACAUUGCCCAGGCGGGCGGACCCACCUGGUCCCCCGUUGCCCACCAGCAGCAGCAACUCGGCCCGCAGCAGCCCUUCCGGUCACCCUGGACUGCAGGUUAUCUAUCCCCUCAGCUACAGCAGCCUACAGCCUCUCUAGGAGAGAUGGCCGCGAUGCCAGUGCGGCAGUUUAGAGACCGGAUGGCGUCCGCACCGGUCAUCCCAGUCCACACCAUAGCCGCUUCUCCUUUGAUGGGCACUCCUGCCGUGGGAGGAACCACAACCACAGCUGCUGCUACCAUGACUUCCCCAACUCCGGCGAUGAGCCGCCCGGUCAAUGUGAUCCAACACAACCGCGUCCGAUCGGAGCCAGGUCAAAUAGUUCUGGCACACGGCCUGCCUGCCACUACAAUGUCGCAAAUGAGCUCCCCGCGCGGCAGUGGGCAGGACAUGGGGUCUUCUGCCGAGCCUAUUAUCCCAACGCCCGACUUAUGUCCUACGCCGAGUACACCACACUCCCCUCAUUCCACAGGGCAGAACGGUGGUGUUUGGGGACUGGACCUGAAUAAGGAGGAGGGUGUGGAGGUGACGUACCAAGCUGAUCAUCUGGAUCCCGAAUAUGAUGAAUUUAGCCGCUUCGCAUUUGGAUUGGGCAGUGGCAGCCAGCUACCGGAGGCGGAUGUGGGUUUUGACGAAUUCUUUACAUUGGAAGAGUACCCCAUCAGUGCUUGAUGCGUGUCUCGUUGGUUUCUCUUCUUUCUUUCUGUGACUCUACAUACUAUAUUUUUAGUUUUUGUCUUAUUACUCGAUCGGUUGGGAGGGAUUGAGGCAGGAGUGCUUGUGCAUGG